CCCAUCUCGUGCAGGACCACCAUUGGAAGGUGCAACCUCAAGCUUCGAGCUGCCGAACCAGCUCAAAAGCACUGGCGCGAAGCCGCCAUCACACGCGCGCCAGACGGACGGAAAAAGUAAACAUCAGGUGGCGGCUGUCGAGCGCCGUGUUCCGCCGUCCAGCCCAAUGUGAGAUGGCCACGCCGUCGGACCCCUGAACUCUUGCCUGAUACUGUCCUUUGCGAUCGUCCAUCUCAUCCCGCCGUCUGGGUCGCGCCACCGACCCGCAGUGACUCGAUUCGACCUUGCGCCCCAUCCUCGUGUAAAUGCCAUCGUUGCCUUUGUGUGGAGCUGCCGGUCCUGCUCCAACGAGCCAGGGAACACGUCGUCGCAUACCACCAAGUACCUACACUAUCUUGUAGGCGGGCAGGCAGUGGUAAGACCACACCCCCAGCAGCAAUGUCAGCAACAGCAUCCGUCAAAGAUCUGGUCAAGGCCAUCAGCACGUUCCUCUCCUCCCCGACCCUGCCGCUCCCAGAAGGCCUCGGGUUGGUUAUCGAGGCCUACCUCGAGAAGCACCCCCGACGAGAUGACCCUGCCGCCGACCGCCUGCAGGAGGAGCUCCUGCAGCUGCACCAGAGGUUCGUGCACGGCCAUCCCGCGCGGUUUGCCGCCUUCCUCAGCAUCCUGAGCAGCCUACGCCCCAGCCUCUUCACCGGCCCAAAGGCCCUCCAGUGGUUCGAGAUCCUUAAUGACGAUGUCCUCGAGUCCGUCUGGCAGGAGAAGGACCUGGCGGGAGAGACGCUUUCUGUUAUCGAGUCUACGCUUGCGUCCAAGUUAGACGACUCUGAAGGGUUGAAGUUGAUGCUGGUGCGCUCACUCGACCGCUGGAUAGGCUUUGCCGAUGUUGCUGCCCAGUCCGGCGAACCCUCGAUUAUCUUUAAAGAAAGAAUGAUCCGCCAAACACUUGUCACUUGGGGGAAGAAGCAGCCCAAGCUCCUUUUUGAAACUCUGAAUGCGCGCUUCCUCAAAAGAGAGUCGAGGGCAAGGUGCAUAUCGCUACUUUGCGAGUUUGUGAGGAUGCAGCCGCCUCACUUGCACCUGGUUGCACAAACGCCACUCUUGGACAAUAUCAUAACAUGCCUCCAACACGACACGUCAACCACGGUCGUAUCUCUCGCCCUGACGGCGCUCACCAUGCUGCUACCUCAUCUACCGAGCGCUCUCGUGCCAUACUUACCCACUCUUUUUAACAUCUACGCCAGACUGCUGUUCUGGGACAGGGAGAGAUCACCGGAAACAAAUCUUUCCUCUCCUGGCAUUCCGGCUGGAGAUGGAGAUCAGUGGGAAACCGUCAGGUUCUCGCCCGAGUCAGAAGACGUGGAAAUCCCCCAACUCUUGGAGUACUUUACGCUUCUUUAUGGGCUUUACCCGAUAAACUUCAUGGACUACAUCCGAAAACCCCAGCGUUACCUCCGCCACGCCAACGCCCCGAACCCCGACGACAUCGAGGUGCAGCCGUCCGAGAUCCGGCAUAGGUCGGAAAAGUUCCGCCAAAUGCACCUUCUCCACCCCAACUUCUACAGCCUCACGAUCGACUCGGAGAAGACAGACUUUGGACGGUGGAUCAAGAGCGAGCCGGCAGUUGUUGUAGCCGAAUGCAUGGCCCUGUGCGUAGCAAACGGCCCGGUGCCGGAAAACGCGGUCUCUUCGACGCCCCUUGGGGGUGACACCAGCCCCUAUGGUGGGGACGAGGCCGACAGGAGCAGUUCUGGAGGAGCUUUGCUGAGUAGCUCGGUAGUCUUGUCACCGCCGCAGGGGCCGUUUAACACGAGCUGGAGGCAUGGGCAGUCGGUGACCGUGGAAUCGUCGGCAGGCAGUCGAGCAAACUCUACUGUGAUGAGGCAGAACUCUCAGUCUAGCCACCUGUCGAGGAAGGAGUCGCUGGAGCUCAGGGUGCGUGAUACUAGCGUGGACAGUCCGACGCUGCAUCCGCUCAUGGUGCUAUCGCCAUCCCAGACGCAGCUCCAGGAGAUGAUUCACUCGAACAAGGUUAUGAAGUCCAACAUUGGGCAGUCUCUCACCAACGACAGCGUCCCGUCUCUAGCAUUGAGCCACCAAGAGUCGAUCUCGGAGCGGCCGUUCAGCACCACGGUGCCUCAGGCGCAAUCGGCAAUACGAUUGCCGCUUGCCGUGACGGAAAACGGCGGUGAGGUGGCGCGGCUCCGGCGACAGAUCAUGGUGCUCAACAACGACCUCAACUUUGAGCGAUACAUGAAGCAGCAGCACAUGGCGCAUAUCGGCGAGCUGCGGCGGUGCCACAUGAAGGAGGCGGCGACCGAGGCGGAAACGCAGAGCCUGAUCAUCAACAACCGCAAUCUGAGGAGCCAGGUCGAAAACGCAAAACGGGCCGAGCUUCAGGUGAGGAAGGACUCGGAGAGGAGCCGGACGCUCGCCAAGAAGUGGGAGGCAGAUCUCUCGGCCAAGCUCAAGACGCUGAGGGAGGAACAAAAGAAGCGGAAUGCGGAGAUGGACUCACUGAAGCGUGAGCUCGAUUACGCGAGGGAAGAGUGCGAGAAGCUGCGGGCGCUGGUUUGUGAUUUCGAGGUCAAAGAGAUCAACGCGAAGCAGACGAUGCAGUCCAUCGACGUGGACAUGGCGGAGCUGGGCAGGCUGCGCGGGGUGGUGGAGCGGCUGACGGCCUCGGAGCGGGACUACCAGGCAAGGCAGCUCGAGACGGAGAUCAAGCUCGCCGAGGCGUCGGCGGCGGAGCAGCGGGCAGAAGUGCUGGCGAUGCAGGUGCAGUCGCUGCAGGGCGAGCUGCAGGCGACGCAGGACCACUACGAGUCGCACAUGAUGGUUCUGAACACGGAGCUGGCCUCGGCGCUCAAUGGAGGCGGGCGCGGUGGGAGGGGCGGGGGCGAGAGCGACGAGGUGAUGGCCACGUUCGAGAGCGCGCUCGCGGCGAGCCGGGCCAAACAGGCGGAGCUGCAGAAGCAGUACGGGCAGCUGAUGCGCAAGUACACGGUGCUGCAAGCGCAGCUGCUCGACCGGGCGCAGAACACGCGGGCGGGGCGCGACGGUGUGACGGGCUCGGCCGACGCUGACGCCGAGGUGUCGGCCAUCGUGGGCCGGUCCUUUGGUAGCCAGCGCGCGGCGUGGAUGCAGCGGGGCAUGUCGGACCCCGAGAGCCUCGGGACGUCGCAGCAGGGCAGCAUCGGCUCGGGCGCGUCGUCGGCCAGCAUGGCCAUCCGCAGGCCGUCGACGCCGCCGCCGGCCCAGGGCGGCGUCGGCAGCCCGUCGACGACGAGCGGCAACAGCCCGCAGGGGGAGCGCUACUACGGUAGAGGCGGCGUGCAAAAUCUGAUGCGCAAGGAUAAGAAGGAAAAGAAAAAGGACGAGGCUGAAAAGAAGGAGAAGAAGAGCAGUGGCAUGAGAGGCAUUCGUGGGUUUGUGUGAGGGCUGGGCAGCCGUUGGAAUUAACCUGGCCGUGUUUGUCAGGCUAUUACUGUGUAUGCAUUGUGUUCCCCUCGUACCGCUCUAUGCAUGCUAGAAGAAGUCUUUGUGAGAUGGGCUGGACCAGCAGCACCCUGGUCAGAUGCAGCUGGCCCCACUAGGCGCACCCUGGAAGCAACGUCGUCGGCCGGCCACCCAAUCGAUGCAGACCCCUGUCGCGCUCUUGAGGCUGUCUGCUGCAGUAGUCGGCCUCAAGCCUCAGACGCGGGCCGAUCA